GUUUUAUCGAAUGCAAUCGCUGUUUUGUUCCUCUUCAUGUGCAUUUCUCUGCCAAUGAAGCCACGUGUCUUGUAAUUAUACUUUCGUUUUUUGGAUAAAAAAUUAUGACAUUCAACCGUUCAAUGGACAAAUACACACUGGGCAGUAUAAUUGCACAGGGUACCACGUCCAUAGUACGGGAGGCUGUUGAUGUUCUUGGCAACAAAUACGCAAUAAAAAUUGUUUCUCGGUCGAACAGAAAGUACAAGGACAUAAAGAAGGAGUCAAUGAUACAUCAGCACUUGCAGCACAAGAAUGUUGUGGUAUUCAAGGAGCUAGUGGUAACAAAUGAGUACUUUAUGGUUAUGGAAUGCGCGCCCUACGAGCUCUUUUUAUACAUAGAACCACGGGUAGGCCUUCCACAGAUGCUUGUGCACCUUUUCUUCGUGCAGAUGGUAUCUGCGAUCGAAUACAUGCAUGAUAGGGGAAUAUGCCACAGGGACAUCAAGCCUGAAAACAUUCUUCUUUCCGACACUGGCAAUCUUUUGAUCACAGACUUUGGUUCGGCAACACUUUUUAGAUAUAAAGGCAGCACACGGAAAUUGAACACUAUGUGUGGAUCGCUGCCUUACAUUGCACCUGAGGUGCACAGGGGAGCGUAUGACGGUGCACUUGUCGAUAUAUGGAGCUGUGGAGUCGUUCUUUUCAUCAUGGCAACCGGCAUGUUGCCGUGGUUGCGGGGUGAUCCGGCAGAUACCGAUCUGAUGACCUAUGUUCGGCUGAAGUACCACAAUUAUGAGCCGUUUUCAAGGCUUCCGAAGAACAUUCAGCGUGUAUUUGAAGGUAUGUGCUGUAUGAAUGAGUCGCAAAGGUAUACGCUGGGCACCAUCAAGCAAUCAGCAUUUUACGCGCAAAGGAAUGAUCUGCUGGGCAGUGAUGGACUGUGCACGGACAGCCCAAGAUUAUUUUCCUACUUCAAAACGAAAAAUGAACUGAUUCUGCCGUUCACACAGCCCAACCAGCACCUCAUUUCGCUCAGCACGACCAAGUUCGUGUGUUCACAGCCAACAAAUAGCGAGUCGGUCAGUUUGCGCCGUAUUUACCUGUCUGUUGAGGAGGAAAAGAUAAUGAACCAAUUAAUUCUCGUGCUAGAUCACUUCAACGUGCAGUUCAAAAGAAAAAUGUUUGCACUUUUCUUCUCAACGCUUGACACGCACAGAAAUGUUUUGAAUGGUGAGUUUGUAAUCAAGAGGAUGAACAACAUGUGUGUUAUCACCAUUAAUAGAUUUAAGGGGAGCACCUUAGAGUUUAAGGAAUUCUGUAACGUAAUUUUGGGACAUUUGAAAAAUAAAUUGGUGUGAGUGAGCGGAUGAAAUACGAGAUGCCUUGUUAUUAUCUCGUAGGCUAAUAUUGAUGGCGGUGAUCGGUCCUUACAGACCGGAGAAGCGAGUUGUUUGGCUGAUGCUGUGUAUGAGGUGAUAGGUAAACGAUUUUUGUUGCA